AUGGCAUCCUCAGCGAAGGGCACCAAGCCCGAUGAAUCUGGCGGCACCGCCUCCGGCCACUCCAACGAAGUCGUCAGGGACAACUUCAUCCCGGUCUUCGAUGGGAGACCCAACAACUACAAGGAGUACCGGAUGCGCAUCAUGCUCUACUACCGGAAGAUGAGCCUUCAAAAUCGCAAGAGCGAAGCUACCAUCAACCUGCUCACCAGCCUCUCCGGCACGGCAUGGAAGAAUGUGGAGCACAUGGUCGACUCAGUCCCGGACGCGGAGGACGGCUUCGAGCAAGUGAUCGCACAGCUCGACCUGGCCUUCAAGUAUGACGACCGCGUCGAGAUGCCCCGCACCUUCGAAAGGUUCUUCUACAACUUGAGCCGGAAGACGCACCAGAACCUCCUUGCCUACUGCACCGAGCAUCGCGAACAUCUUCGAGAAGUCGAGCGCCACAAGGUCGUCAUCCCGCCGGCGGUCAGUAGCUGGCUACUCCUACGCCGAGCCGGCCUUACGGCCGAGCAACGCCAGCUGGUCAUGGGACAGGUUGGCAACGACUCCUCGCUCGAGAAAAUGGAGGGAGUGCUCUACUACCUCGGACAGGACUACACCGGAAAGCACAAGCGCAACCACGCACAACGCUGGAUUCCUCAGCGCGGCCGUGGCCACUACCAAUGGAACAACUGCCGGAAGCCCGCCACGGUUCAUUGGGCCUACGACGACGAGCUCUACUACGAGCACGACACCUACGGCGACGAGGAGGGCGUCUACUGGGAGGACGAGGACAACAUCACUUACCCCGACCAACCCACCGAAGAAGAACAACCACAAGACUUCAACGAAGAGAUCUACUUCGACGAGGACCACAAGUACACCUACGACGAGGACGAAGAGGAGGCCUACGCCACCUACAUCGAUGCCCGCAAGAAGCUUGCGGAACAUCGCAGCGCUCGAGGGUACUACCCGGUGGUCGCUCUCACCGACACCAACGCCCUGCCCGUCACCUCCACCUCAUCAUCCCUACCAUCACACGGCGGCAGAGGAAAAUCCUCGAAGGGCAAGCACUCCAAGAGCAAGGGCAAGGGAGUCGGAGGCCGGCCACCACAGAAGGGAUCUGCAUCACAACGUGCUCGUGAUGCCCUUCCACCUGGCACCAAAUGUCUUCGGUGCGGCCAACCGGGCCACUGGGCAGCUCAGUGCCCACAGAACUCCCAGCCGAACUCUCCGAACAAGCGGCCGAAACCGGCCGACAGCAUGGUUGCCCAAGAGGAGACCGCCUACCUCGAGGACCACGUCGAUCAGCCCUACAUCACCGGCACGCAGGACGGCGGAGCGUCCAGUGUCCUAUGCGGACAUGACGUCCUGAUGCAGCUCCUCACCAAGCUCUACCACAAGGGCCUCCCCCUCGAGGAAAUCCAGUUCAGCCGGACCAACAAGAGUUUUCGGUUUGGGGGAGACAACAGCAGCAUCUCCACCUGGUCUGUGCACCUCCCGGUGUUCAUGGCCGGCUACAAAGGCCGCAUCCAGACCUUCAUCGUGGAAGGAGGCACACCCCUCCUGAUCGGACGUCCGGUCCUGGAAGCCCUCAAGGUCAAGAUCGACUACUGCAGGCCCAUGGGCGAGUACCUGCUUCGCCUCGACGACGGCAUCGAGGACGCCAUCCACCACGACCUCACCUUCGACUACAUGACCAACGACGUAGUCACGGACGUGCGCCAGCACCUACUCCAGCUCUACACCAUGGAGGACUACAUCCUGGACACGGGUCGCCCUGGACCCAUCCUACCUGAAAUCGCCCAACACGUUGAUUGCACUACGACUUAUAACCUGCCCUCCGAUGACGCUCCGGACUUCAACCUCCAUGAGGGCGUCACGGAGCCGGUACUCGGCGACAUCCCCAACAAAAUCUGGCGCCGUCUGCACAAGCCGGACGGCAAGAAGGUCUUCUGGGAAGUCUACGCCGGGGAGGGAAACCUCUCUCGGGCCAUGGCUGAUCGCGGCUGGAUCGUCCGCACCUUCGACCUCCCGGAGUGGGACUUCACGAAGUCCAACUGCACCAAAGCCUUCUACCAGCUGCUCGAUGAGGAACUCCCGGAUGCGGUCUGGCUCGCGCCACCUUGCAAGAAGUGGUCUCGCACGCAGAACAUCAAUCAGAGGACCGCUGAACACACCGAGCUGCUGCACCUGGACCGCGCCUAUGAGCACACGACCAACCUGAAGUUCACUCGCCGUGUGUACCUCUGCCAGCAGCGCGGCGGGCGGCAAGCCUACAUCGAGCAGCCCCUUUGGUCCCUGGCUUGGAACACCACCGCCUUCCAACUGGACGGCCAUCGCGCCAUCUUUGAUCAGUGUGCCUACGGUGCGGGUUUCUGGACCUCAGCCACUGUCUGGAACAACAUCCGCAAGCCGACAGCCGUGCUCUCCACGGAGCCGAUCUUCGCCGAGAUCCUGAGCCACUGCCCCGGGAUCGGAAGCCUCACCACGGCUGCUGCCGCGUACCAACCAAGCAUGUGCGAAGCUAUCAGCGACGCCAUCUGCACCAGCGCUGAACAGUGCAAGGAACACACCUAUGUCCAGAACGAGGACCCCGAGGCUCCUCCUGAACCUGGCCAUGAUCCGGACGAAGCUCAUGGUCACGAUCAGCACCUCAACCCGGCCGGCAUCCUCCAGAAGAUCCGACACGACAACCCGGUUGAAAGCCGCCUGGUAGCCAGAUUGCACAGGAACCUCGGACAUCCCACUCAGGCCGAGCUCCUGCGACUCCUUGAAGCCAGAGGAGCAUCCGAGGCCGUCAUCCUUGCGGUGAAGGACUACCACUGCGAACUCUGCCAUCGCUACACCAAGCCGGUGCAGACGCCAAAAUCCACCACUCGGACCGCCUUCGUGUUCAACCAGCGCCUACAGCCCGGCCGACACCCUGUUGGGUACGAACCUUCGGACCCCCUCAACAACUUCAAGUUGAUUCACAUCGGGGAUGGUGCGCUGACCUUGUCCGACAAUGGACUGGCGAACACUCCGUCGAGCUGA